AUGGAUCACCUUGGAAUUCAACCCUCUUCAACCAAGGUUGAAAGAAGGCUCGUUGAGAAAAACAGAAGAAACCAGAUGAAGAUCCUCUACAAUAAACUCAACUCUCUUCUCCCUAACUACAACCCCAAGGAAGCAAUACCACUGCCUGACCAAGUGGAUGAGGCAAUCAACUACAUCAAGAGUUUGGAGGCGAAGGUGAAGGUGGCACAAGAGAAGAAAGAGAGUUUGCAGGGUGUUAGGAAAAGAUCCCAUGCUUGCUUAUCCAAUAACAGUUCUAAUUUUUCUACAACACGUUUCUCAAAAUCUCCACAACUUGAGAUCAACGAAGUGGGUUCCUCCCUACAAGUUGUUCUGACUUGUGGGAUAGACCAGCAGUUCAUUUUCUCUCAAAUCAUUAGAAUGCUGCAUGAAGAGAACAUAGAGGUUAGAAGUGCCAAUUCCUCACUUAUCGGAGACUCGGUGCUGCAUGUUGUGCAUGCUGAGAUUCCUCAAUCUUUUCUUCAAUUCGGAGCCAUUAAAGUAAGUGAUAGGUUGAAAAGGUUGGUGAAUGGAUCCUCCAGUGACGUGGAAACACAGCACGAAUGGUGGGAUUUUGAAAUUGCUAAUGUUGAUAUCUGGGGUUUCUAG